AUGCUCUUGAUCAAGCUUCUCUCGCUUUUCAUCACCUUCUUCGCCUUAGUCUCUGCCCUUCCGGCAGACUCAAGAUCGCCCGGGAGGACGAUCACUAAUGCCGAACGUAUCCGUCGCCACAUGCCACUGAACAAGCCUGCUGCGCUCUUCUCUCCCGACCGAAUUCGCACCGCCCGUGACGCCACCACCUCCCCCUCCCUCACCUACCAGUCCUAUCUACAAGCGCGAAAGGUGUCGGAUGACUCUGUGGUCGGCUAUGUUGGAUACCGCACUUCUGGCACUUCUGGCUACCAGAUUGUCCCUGCUGGCUCCACUAGUGCUCUGUUCUUGUCCUACUCUGGCUUCGCCGCCAGCGACUCCAAGAUAGGCUACAUUGCCGGCGGGACGACUCAGCUGCUCGGUCUCAUGUCGCAGACCACCACCACCUCAGUUUUAGUCGGCUAUCAGUCGACUAGUACGGCAACAGGGAUAAAGGUUUGGAAUUGGGACGAUCCCCAUGGUCGAGUGACCGCCGCCGAGAUCAGGAAAAACGUUCGGACCACCGACCGAAUCUACAAAAGUGCCAGCUCCGUCUUCCCAUCCUUCAUCCAAACAGGCACUGCAGCUCCGUCGGGAUACUUUGAGAUCUACCUCGAAAGUCCGACCAAGAUCUGGGUCGGUUAUGGGUAUGUCGCUAGGUUCUGA